UUUAAGACUAAAAGCAAAAAUAAUGAAAUAUAUAUUAUUUUUCUUAGACUGCUUAAUUUUAAGUUUAGCCUGUAAUCCCAAGCUGCCGGCAGCUCUGAGGGACCAAGCAGCGCGAACAUGCCUACCAUUGGGCUUUAGUAAUAUUCUGAAUUAUCGGUGUUUUCCCUACUGCUUCAUGAACAAUAUGGGCUUCUUCAUAAAUGGCCAGAUUAGUAGAGAUACGGUGCUUCUAAUAAUGGCUCCCAUAGCCGGCUUAGAAAAGGUUAAAGCUGCGCAAGCCAAAUGCGAUAUUGAGCGAUCCAGAGAAAAAAAAUGUGAUUUUGCCGUAAAAUUAAGCAAGUGCUAUGAGGAUAACGAUGUGAUAAUAUUUGAUGAUUUGUCUUUUCUGUAUUCGGAUCUAGUAACAUCAUAUUUUAAUAAAACAAAUUCUACGAAAUAAGUGUUCCU